CAAGUGUGUAUUUUUCGUCUUGACUCUUGAGUCGCCAUUAUGAGCAUUUGUUAUUGGUUCUGACAUUGCUCAUAAAAAUGGGUAUAAUUCAACGUUAUCAGCGGUUUGAAUUGUCAGAUCAGUAACUUGCACCACUGGCGGAGAUCACGAACGAACCGUUUGGGCAGGAAUCGCGCGCAGCAGCAGCGACGAUGACUUCAGAGCUGGACGAGCCGAUGACUGUGCCGUCGCUGCACUCGCUCUGCAACGUGAACGCGUCCGAGCUGUAUCCAAAGCAAGACCUUCAAGAGGCCACUCUGGCCGAGGAUGUGCAGCCGGACAGUCUCAAUUCAGGGCCCUUCGGGCCGGUUUUCGGCGAGAGCAUCGAGCAUUUGAGUCGAGUCAGUGAUGGAGGCCUUUUGGCCUUGUCCAACUACAGAGUUUUCUUGCAGAACGAGGGCUGCAGUUACAACAUACCUCUGACUGUGAUAGAUGUAGUAGAAGUGAGAGACCUUUUCUACUUGCAUAUAUUAUGCAAAGACGCACAGUCAGUAAGAUGUUCCUUCAGUUCUGGCGAGGCGUGUACAGAAUGGCAGAGGAGAAUCACGAAAGCAGCCACGCAGCCAAGAGUGCUGGAGAAAGUUUUCGCGCUGGCAUUUUUCGCCUGGGCAAAUGACGAAGCCGACGAAGAGGCAUGGAGCAAACUGGGUGGCAGGAGCGAAGGCCCAACUAACCCUGCGCUCAUCGGAAGUGUUGAAGCCAGCGAACACAAUUUCCACUCUGAGAUCGAAAGACUAGGGUUUGACUUAAGAGGACCCUGGAGAGUCAGCAAACUGAACUAUGAAUACUCGCUUUGUCCGUCGUACCCUCGACUGCUGUUAUUGCCAUCUUGCAUCACUGACGAAGCCCUGGAAGCUGUGGCAAGAUUUCGGAGCGCACGCAGAGUGCCUGCGGUUGUUUGGAGACAUACAAAUGGAGCUGUUUUGGCAAGAUGCAGCCAGCCUGAGGUUGGUUGGCUGGGUUGGCGUUCAGCAGAAGACGAAGAAUUGAUCAGAGCCAUCGCAGAAGCCUGUGCCUGUGAAGAAGUGACUUCCAAAGGAGAGGGAGAGUUGGCCGACGAACCUCAAUCUCAGCCAGAUUCAAAGAAUGUGCUGAUUGUUGACGCGCGAUCGUAUACGACUGCGGUAGCCAACAGAGCCAGAGGAGGUGGCUGCGAGUGCCCGGAGUACUACCCCAAAUGUGAUAUCUCAUUUAUGAAUUUGGCCAACAUUCACGCUGUUCGAAAGAGCUCUCAGGCGCUGAGAAGUCUCUGCGCCAGUGAAGAUCAGCCAAAUUGGUUCAGUCAACUCGAAGGGAGCAGAUGGUUUCAGCUCAUAUCCGGACUUUUAAGAGCUGCAGUUGCAGUGAGUGCGGCGAUGGAGAGAGAAGCAAGGCCAGUGCUGGUCCACUGCUCAGACGGCUGGGACAGGACACCUCAGAUUGUAGCCUUAGCCCAGUUAUUACUGGAUCCUUAUUACCGAACGAUCGAUGGUUUCCAAAUUCUUAUUGAAAGAGAGUGGCUCGAUUUUGGCCACAAGUUUGGAGAUAGAUGCGGACUGGGAGCAGGUGCCACUGACGACAUUAAUGAACGCAGUCCUGUGUUCCUGCAGUGGCUUGACUGCGUCCAUCAACUGCUGACCCAGUUUCCUUGUGCAUUCCAGUUCAGCCACGCCUACCUGGUGCGGCUGGCACAACAUGUAUACUCGAACAUGUUUGGCACAUUCUUGUGCAACUCUCAGCAAGAGAGGGCAAAGCUAAGGGUGGCCGAAAGAUCUUUGUCGGUGUGGCGGUUCCUCAAGGCAAAUCCUGGUUGCCACAAUUUGCUUUACUCUGGCAACCAACAGGUUUUGUGGCCAUUGUGCAGUGUGCGUGAUUUAAGAUUAUGGACUGAGGUGUAUCUGGGGGGAGUUGUGAGAACAGUGGAUGCAGCUCCACCAACGUCCCCGCCGCCAAACCUUUGCAAGUCGCGUUCAUGCGAAGACUUGCAACAGGCGCUUCAUACGCCCUCAAUUCAGACAAGAAGAAAUAGUCAUCCAAGUCUAACAGACAGCACUAUUGAGAGUCUACUGUUAAACAGUGAGCCAGUUACCAAGGACGAGGAGGUGGAGGACUCUGAAAAUGGCGACGCUGUCGACGGCGUAGUUCCUAGCCCAGUUAUUCCACCACCUCCGCCUAUGCCCUCAGUGGAAAGUUCAACAGACACUCUUGUCCCAACAGAAAUAACGAACGGAAUUGCUACUAGAGAAGAUUCACCCAAACUACAGCAGACUCACCAAGUGAUUGAUCAAAAUGGGUCGGAAUGCCAUGUGUGUGCAUCAAGUCGGAAGUUUUUGCUGGAGUCUAGCGUACUUGAACUGUGCAGCAACAACAACGGGGGCCUCCAUAAUGGCCAUACAAGAACAAGCUCUCAUUAUUCAACUCCUACAAGUUACCCACCUACCCCAGGUAGCGGCAGUACAGCAGGUGAAGAUGAGGCUCAAAGAGCCAAUCACAACCACAAAUGUCAGUUGCCCGUCACACCCUUACCAAUGCUAACAUCCAAAGUGGACAUAGACGGUCUGUCCACCCUUCAGUCAGACAUUCAGACACGUUUACGUCACAUUUUCUCAGACUUCCAAAGCCAGGUUGAAGCUCUCCAAAGAGAACUGCACACUACGCGAAUGGCCCUGAUCCAACAAGUGUGCCACCACUGCAGUCCAGGCAUGACUAAUGGAGAUCACAGGACUGACGAAACUGGAUCCCUACCAGACAGUGUGGACAGCAUGGCAGAGCAUGCUGCAAAUGGGAGUCUGAACUCUAGACCAGCGUCAGAUGUGUCUUGGGAAACUGUUGAGGAGAAAGACGCGCUUCCGACCCUUUGGAUGCCCGACCAUGCCGUCAGGAGAUGCAUGGGGUGUGAUACCGAGUUUUGGCUUGGCAGACGGAAGCACCACUGCAGGAACUGUGGUCAAAUUUUCUGCAACGACUGCUCUUGGAACACAGCCCCGCUGCCUUCCGAGCAGUUGUACGAGCCUGUGAGGGUCUGCGCAAACUGCUACCGAGAGAUUGCAAAUAGCGGGAUGCAGCUGAUUCCUAAUGGAUCCCCGCUGCCCAUGACAAACGGCCAGCAGGCAUGCAAGCAGACGACCGCGCAUCAUGACAAGUUGCAGAAGCCGAUCGUGUCCACCGGGACCACCUAAGAAUAUCUAACUGCAGUUACUUGUCUUGCUUCCAUUAGAUUUCAAAGCAUUUUGUAAAAUGGUGUGAUCAGGUAUUUGCCCCCCUCAAUCUCUUGUAUUGAAAAAGAAAUUAAUUUAUUCUUCUUAUUUACUCUGUAUAGAUUUGUUGAACCCAAAAGAUAUGAUGAAAAGCAUGUAUCGCGAGUGGUUUAUUUGAUCAGUUUGUUAUAACAAAUUGUGCGAAUAAGCAAGGAAGAAGAAUGUUGCCUUUGCCCAGAUUUCAUUUAUCGGUCAUAACUAUGUAAUUAAUGUUGAAACAUGCUAAUUAUGUGAUACUGAAAUGUGAUGGUCAAAAUUUAAAUAACAGAGGAGUCUUUGUUUGUCUCGGAUUUAAUUUGUAAGGAGCAUCUUUGUGAUCACGCGAAUACUGUUUACGAUAUAGAUUUACAAUUUUUCUUGCUUCACCUCCAAAUAUUAGCAUUUUUAUUUAAGUGAGAUUGAUUUUUGUUCUUACGCACUUGACUUGGAGGUAUAUUUUGAUUUGUAAUCCUAACCAAAGAUAAACUACUUGAAAAAAAUCGGUUUUCUGCACCUUUGACUUGUAUUGCAUGUCCCGCUACCUUUGAAUAAAAAAAGACUCCCUAAUCGAUGUAAAGAUAGAUGGGCCAUUAUGAAAUUGAAGAAAGGCAAUGUUCUUGAUCACGAGACUGCAUUCUAUGGAACUAAAGGUUAUGAAAGGAUAUCUUUUGUGUAGCAAAUUAGUGUAUAUUAUUUAGUCCUUGUACAAAAUAUAAAUAAAAUUAUAUAAUUGGA